CACACAAGUGCCAGGCAUCGCUGCCAAAGAAAAUGCCUCCCUCCAAGCGGCCACAGCUCUUCUCUUGACUUGCCGGCAUCGUCUGAGGAUGUGGCCAUGCCUCCGUCUCGGCCGCCUACCGCUGUGGCCGCUCCUCUCGCUGACCUUCUUGCCCUUGGGCCACGGCUGCCCGGCCGCCUGCCGCUGCCUGGACUACCACACCAUUGACUGCCGCGACCAAGGGCUUCCCCGCGUCCCCAGCCCGUUCCCCUUGGACGUGCGGAAGCUGCUCAUCGCCGACAACAGCAUCCAGGAGAUCCCGGCCGACUUCUUCAUCUUCUACCACGACCUGGUCUACCUGGACUUCAGGAACAACUCCAUCGCCGGCCUGGAGGAAGGCACCUUCAGCAGCUCCAGCCACCUGGUCUAUUUAGACUUGAGCCACAACAACCUGACCGGGUUGGCCACCGGCGCCUUCAAGUCGGCGGAGAAGCUGAUCAAGCUGAGCCUGGGGCACAACCGCUUGGCCCAGGUGGCCGAGGGGGCCUUCGAGAGCCUGGAGCAGCUCCAGGUGCUGGAGCUGAACGACAACCGCCUGCAGACGUUGAGCGUGGCCGCCUUGGCCGCCCUGCCUAACCUCCGGACCCUCCGCUUGGAGGGCAAUCCGUGGCUGUGCGAUUGUGACUUUGCGGGCCUUUUCAGCUGGCUGGAGGAGAAUGCCUCAAAGCUUCAGAAAGGUUUGAAUGAAAUCCAGUGUACCGUUCCUGUGGAGGACAUCACCGUCUUUCUCAGCGACUUGACGGAGGCCAGUUUUCGGGACUGCAAAUUUACCUUGUCCCUCACGGACCUUAUCAUCAUCAUCUUCUCUGGAGUUGCCGUCUCCAUUGCCGCCAUUGUCUCAAGCUUCGUCUUGGCGCUGAUUGUGAACUGCUUCCAAAGAUGUGCCCCCAGCAAAGAUGACGACGAGGAUGAUGACGAUGAAGACUGAAUACCCAGCUCCCCAGCUAGUGUCCCAAAGACAGAGGCAAAAACAGAGCGACACUUUAAAAAGUCCGUCAAUCCCAACCAAUCAAGGGCUCAAAUAGUCUUGAUGGAAUUUCCCAACUUAUUCAUGGAAAUUUCAACAAGAUUUAUAGGGAAGGGGGAGGAAACAACUUUUCCUGGUUAGAUCGCUUGAUUUAGUCAAAUAUAUUUAUUCAUUGCUUCAAAUCAUGGAUAAAAAUAACACAGGAGACAAGGUGGGAAAGCUGCCAUAAGAAAACAGAAACAAUGAGGGAUCUGAGAUCCACUCUGCACUCUCAAUCCGUAGCUUAUUUUAUUAUUUUAAUAUCCUUUUAGAAAUAUUUCAUUAUAUUUUUAAUUCAAGAAUAGAGCCCUGCUUCAUAUGGGGUGCAGUCUAGAAAAACAGGGCAUAUAUGAAUCAAGGGGGGGGAAAUGGGGUCUGCAAUCAUGUAAAAGCAGUGCCAGUUUAGGUAAGAGUGUCAAACAAGGACUCAAGACAUUGGGUUCGAAUCCCCAUUUCGCCACAGAAACUCCCGGGGGGAGGGGAAGGGAAGGCUAAAUUACUCCAGCAGCUCGUGGUCCUUGAAAACUCUAUUCGAGUCAUGGCAACUCAGAAGCAACUUGACAGCCCACAGCGCCGUGACACGAAUAUGACGACAACUGUGUUUUAUUUGCCCAAUAAGAGUCCGGACUCUUCUCGCCGCGACAGCAAGGUUCAAUUCAUCUCUCCCUGCUUUCGAGUCUCCAGAUGCAGAUAAAGGUGUCUUGAUCUGGCGUCCGAAGGGAGAGACACAGGGCCACUGCACCUGAAGCAUCAGACCGACACAAGGUGACAACAUUUGGGGUUUUAUAGGCAACCAGCAUUGGCUUGCA